AGCGGGUCUAUAGACUGAGUCGCGCGGCAGCAUCACUCUCGCGCUCGAGGACACUCUCACCAGCCCGCUGACUACAACCGUCCUCUCUGUCUCUCCGUCUCUCUCUGUCCACUUUCUCCUCUUCCUCUUCUUCCUCCUCUCUUUUUCCUGGGUGCUCUGUCGCGGCCGCCGCCACCUCUCAAAGAUGGCCUGUCAGGGGCUCCAGAAAGGGGAAACCCUGGCGAGUCUGAAAAGGGAGACCGAGACUCUGAAGAAGAAGCUGGAGGAGGAGCGGGGCAAGCUGAACGACGUGGAGCUGCACCAGGUGGCUGAGAAGGCAGAGGCGGUUGGUGCUCUUGCCAUCAAGACCAAGCGUGUGCUGAAGGGUCAUGGGAACAAGGUGCUGUGUAUGGACUGGUGUAGAGACAAACGUCGUAUGGUCAGCUCCUCACAGGAUGGAAAAGUGAUCGUCUGGGAUGCAUUCACUCUUAAUAAGGAACAUGGGUUGUCCCUGCCGUGUACAUGGGUUAUGGCGUGUGCUUAUGCUCCCUCAGGCACAGCUGUGGCAUGUGGCGGACUGGAUAACAAGUGCUCAGUGGUCCCACUCUCACUGGACAAGAACGAGAACUUGGCUGCAAAGAAGAAGUCAGUUGCCAUGCACACCAACUAUGUAUCAGGAUGCACCUUCACCAACUCUGACAUGCAGCUCCUGACCUCCAGCGGUGACGGCACAUGUGCCUUGUGGGAUGUGGAGAGCGGACAGCUGCUGCAGAGUUUCCACGGUCACACAGCCGAUGUCUUGUCCCUGGACCUCGCCCCAUCUGAGACUGGAAACACCUUCGUCUCCGGGGGCUCUGAUAAGAAGGCCAACGUGUGGGACAUGCGCUCCGGACAGAACAUUCAGUCUUUUGAGAGCCACGAGUCCGACAUCAACUGUGUAAAGUACUACCCCAGUGGAGAUGCAUUUGCAUCUGCUUCUGAUGAUUCCACAUGCCGUUUUUAUGACCUGCGAGCUGAUCGUGAGGUGGCCGUCUACCAGAAGGAUAGCAUCAUAUUUGGUGCUUCUACUGUGGAUUUCUCUAUGAGUGGUCGCCUGCUUUUCGCUGGUUAUAAUGACUACACCAUCAACGUGUGGGAUGUUCUGAAGGGAAAUCGUCUCUCGAUCCUGUUUGGCCACGAGAACCGAAUCAGCAGAGUCAGAUUGUCCCCUGAUGGCACGGCGCUCUGCUCGGCCUCCUGGGACAACACCUUACGGAUUUGGGCCUAAAGUUCACAUCACAUUUUUGAUCCUGCGAAGACGCCACCAGUAUUAUGUGACUGCCAAGACUGCAAGUUCCUGCCUGAAAUCAACACCACUACAGGAGUGUGUUCACACGUGACACACAGAAGCACAAACACAUCAAAUGUUUCCUCUGAAUGAGAAUAUGUCAUUGUGUCACAACCGUAGGGAGGGCAUUCAUUUUAAAAGUGAGUCUGGAUUCCUAAUCUGUGUUAUCGUUAGCUUGAUGACUGAUUGUGUAACAUUUAUUGUGAUUGCUAAUAACUGUGAGUGUAAAGAGCCAAAUGACUUGUAGCAAUCAGCAGCUUGUGUCUGCUCUGCCAUGUAGACAUGCAGACAAUAUCCGUGAUCAACUUGUAAAUGAUGUACGUCAGCUAACGUCACACCACACCUGUCCGGAGUCAUACUGUAGGUGUACACACUGUUAGUGCUGUUGUUACCAUGGCUACUCUGCCGUAGGUAAUGUCAUGGAUAUCCAAAGGAAGCAACUUUAAAUGUAGCUACAGAUUUUUCUUAUUUAAAUAUAUAUAAACCUCUACAGCUUAGGUGUAUUUCUUGUGAGAAAAAUAAAGGAGAUUUUAAGUAUU